CAAGAACAUCUCAACGAAGAGUCUUGUUAACAUUCCGUGAUGUCGAGGAGUCCCUAGGAAAAUUUAGCGGGGACAACUCACGAAACGUAAGAGACUGACUGGAGGAGUUUGAAAAAAUGGCCUUCCUUUACGAGUGGAAAGAAGCACAGAAAAUUGUAUAUGCGAAGCAGCCCCUAACAAGUUCAGCGAAGCUGUUCGUGAAGUAUGAAAAAUGUGCUGACACUUGGAAGAAGCUUAAAAAAGCACUUAUUAGGGAGUUCGACAGUGUCAUCGAUAGCCAUCAAGUCCAUCGCGAUCUCUCCAAACGCAAAAAGAAGCCCAAGGGAACAUACAGUGAAUACAUUUACAAGAUGCUGGACAUUGCAAGCCGAGCGGACGUCGAAGUGCGAACAGUCAUAAAAUACAUCAUUGAGGGUGUCCCUGAUGAUCCAGUGAACAAAACCAUGUUGUAUAGGGUGCAGACAGUAAAACAACUAAAAGAACGAUUUAAAGAAUACGAGAACAUGAAGAGUGGAAUGAAAAUCAAAGGCGAUCGAAAAGAACAAUCCAGCAAAAAUAAGCAAGCGGCUAAAGUCGAGAAAAAGAGGAAACCGCGACACUGUAGUUCUAAGACUCAUCUUGCUGCAGAAUGCCCUGGUAAGGAUAAGGGAAGUAAGUGUUUCAAAUGCAACAACUUCGGUCAUAUCGCCGCAAAGUGUCCAGAGAGCACCAAGAUUAAGAACCUCAACGUCGUGACACGGUCAUCAAGAAAAAAGUAUCUGAAGGAGGUAAAUAUAAAUGAGGUACCAAUGACGGUUCUUGUCGAUACGGGUAGCGAUUUAAGUAUUAUACGUGCAGACGAUUAUGUAACGAUAGGUUCACCUAAAUUAUUACAAACACGGUACAGUUUAACGGUAUUGGAUCAUCGAAAAAUGAAAGCUUAGGCAAGUUUAUGGCAGA